AAACAUUGCUUCUGUCGUGCAAAGGAAAAAAAACAGGAACGGGGCGAGGGACAGUUUUUCUCCUAUGACUCUGGGGACGAGGAGCCUACAUCCCAGUCGGACCGCAGCGAGAUUCAGGGCACCCUGAAGAUACUUGUCAGCAAGCUCGACGACCUCAGCACAUGUAAUGAUCUGAUCGCCAAGCACGGGGCGGCCCUGCAGCGUUCCCUGAGUGAACUCGAGGGUCUGAAAGUCCCCGUGGAGGGAGGGGAGAAGAUCAAAGCAGUGAACGAGCGAGCCACCCUCUUCCGCAUCACUUCCAAUGCUAUGAUCAAUGCGUGUCGAGACUUCUUGGACCUAGCAGAGACUCACAGUAGGAGAUGGCAGCGGGCGCUGCAGUAUGAGCGAGAGCAGCGUACCCACCUAGAAGAGACCAUUGAGCAGCUAGCCAAGCAACAUAACAGCCUGGAGCGAGCGUGGAGAGAAGCGCCCACGCUCGUUUCCACCACACCCAGUGCCCCUACCACCAACAAGGAAGGGAGUGAGAGGCUGCGCAAAGAAGAAGCGAGUGAUGAAGAUGAGGAUACUGAGUAUUUUGAUGCCAUGGAGGAUUCCCCUGCAUUCAUCACAGUGACUGCCACUGAGAACACACAGCACAGGCGAUCUCAGAGUAAUUUGAGCGGAGCAAGCGGAGGUCAGCCCCACGACUGGAACCAGGACGACCACAUGUCUCCGAACUUUAAUGAUGUGUUAGGGAAGGAGCUGCAGCCACGCAGACAGAGGCGGACUCAUGUCCCAGACAAGCCCAACUACUCCCUCAAUUUGUGGAGCAUCAUGAAGAACUGCAUCGGCAAGGAGCUCUCCAAAAUUCCUAUGCCUGUAAACUUCAACGAGCCUCUGUCGAUGCUGCAGCGCCUUACCGAGGACCUGGAGUAUCACGAGCUUCUGGACAAGGCAGCGCGCUGCGAGUCCUCCCUGGAGCAGAUGUGCCUGGUCGCUGCCUUCUCCGUAUCAUCCUACUCCACUACGGUCCACCGGACAGCCAAGCCCUUCAACCCCCUCCUAGGCGAAACCUAUGAGCUCGAUCGCCUGGAGGACUUUGGCUACCGCUCGCUGUGUGAGCAGGUGAGCCAUCACCCCCCUGCAGCUGCUCAUCAUGUGAUUUCCCAACGAGGCUGGACCCUGUGGCAGGAAAUCACCAUCGCCAGCAAGUUCCGUGGCAAAUACCUCUCCAUAAUGCCUCUGGGUGCCAUUCACCUGCACUUCCACUCCAGCGGGAACCACUACGUAUGGAGAAAGGUCACCUCCACAGUGCACAACAUCAUCGUGGGCAAGCUGUGGAUUGACCAGUCGGGGGACAUUGAGAUUGUGAAUCACAGGACGAAGGAGACAUGCCAACUCAAGUUCUCACCCUACAGUUAUUUCUCCAGGGAUGUUCCACGAAAGGUGACAGGUGUGGUGGCAGACAGUGGUGGCCAGGCUCACUACAUCCUCUCCGGUACGUGGGAUGAUAAAAUAGAGAGUGCCAAGAUCAUUCAGAGCAGCCGAGGGGGCAGUGGAUCAGAAGGCAAGCAGAAGACCGUCUAUCAGACAUUGUCCCCCAAACUGCUGUGGAAGAAAUACCCUCUCCCGGAGAAUGCUGAGAACAUGUACUACUUCUCCACUCUGGCCCUGACCCUGAACGAGCCGGAGGAAGGAGUGGGAAUGACUGACAGCCGUCUGAGACCAGACCAGAAGCUGAUGGAGGAAGGACGAUGGGACGAGGCAAACUCAGAAAAACAGAGGCUAGAGGAAAAACAAAGAGCCGUGAGGAGGAGGAGGGAAGCAGAGGCUUCAGACGCUCUGGAUGAUGGUAGAGAAUAUGAAGGCUACCAGCCGCUGUGGUUUCACCAGAGGAGAGACUCAGUCACUGGAGAGACAAACUUUGUGUACAAGGGAGGUUACUGGGAGGCGAAGGAGAGACAGGACUGGAGCAUGUGUCCUGACAUCUUCUAACCCAGGAGCUCACCCCGGAUCACUCCUAACCUCAUUGGACAGGGAACUGCUCUGCCGCUGGUCCUUAAAGCAACGGGGCGUAGCUGGCUUUUGAGCACCAUGUGGACCUUUUUGUGAGCACGAGAACGUGUAUGUUUCACACACUCUCGGAUUACACUGUACCUCCAAAUGUGCACUCUCAUUCUGUUUUUAUUGCGGGGAAAAAGAGUGGGUGUUCCCCGAGUAGUCCUCUCUGACACUAUACUGAAACAGCAGUGAGAUAAUGUGUGGAUGUGAGGCACCUGCACACUCCUGAAAUCAGGUGCUCUCUAAAUCCUCCUCACGAUGCACUUUUCUGUGUCCACCCCAUUUAAGAGUUUUACAGAUUAGACAGAAUCCCGUAUCAAAGCAGCUGACAAUUACAAACAGGGACAAAGUCAUAAACGGGCACAUAGAAACAGAAAGAAAGUUACAAGAAAAGUGUCCCCAUCCUGCAUUUUAUCCAGCACAACUGAGAUUACCCGAGACCCAUUUUAUAAAACUUAAUUCACUUCAAGUGCUCAUUGUUUGCUUAAGAAAGAGGCCAAGGCCUGAAAGUGGUGUCUUCUGGUUUCAUUGUUAGUUAUGCUGACACAAAGUGUUAAAAAUGAAUAUAAAUAGAAAAGACAUUUUGAAAAACAUUUUUUCUUUAAAUAACUACAGACAAAAUAGCUAAGGUGACCUAAAUAAUCAAUAAUAAUAACAGAAAAUAAUCCAAUAUAAGUGUUAUUUCAUGCUGCUCUUGUUUAUUGCAAGUUUCUAUUAAUUAUCUAUUUUCUUAAGUUCAUGAUGCCUUUUUUAAUCAAAAUGUCUCAAGACAAACUAGGCUGAGUCAGGUAUUUGAUUGGCUUUAUUCCGAAUGAGCUGACAGGCAAAAAAAAAAAAA